GAUGAAGCCCCAGCUUUGCCGAGCUGUAUCCUGUACUAUCAUACCAACAAAGAAUUAUCACGAACGCAAUAAGAAGCGAAAGGAAAGCACUACUGUUUCCUACUGCCGAGUGUGCUCUUCCUUGAACGCGCUCGUUUCUCCCGCUUCCCUUGCGAUAUAAUCUGCUCCCGCGCUACUCGCAGUUGCCAUUGCUUUACCGGAAACGUAGCCUGCUAGUAUUGUGUCCGAGUCCAAACCCUGACUCCGACCUACCUCACUGUCACGACUCCAGCUUCCCAAAUGCGACAAUACAAAAGCAUAUGCUCGUAGUCAUAGCUAGCUAAUUGCUUUUGGCGAGUAUGUGCCAGCUGCAUUCCCAGCUCAAGCAGCUUCGCGGCGACCAGAGCAUACACCGUCGCGAUGGUGGGGCAGGGCGUGUGCUGCUCCGUUUGUGACAGCUCCAAUAAGGCAGCGCUGGUAUGUCCGGCCUGCAUCAACAACACACUGCUCUUUGAGCGGCGGAAGAUGCUGGUGGAGCUCGGCGAGAAGCGUGUCGCGCUGCUUGAACGGCUAAACACGCUGUUGACACAUCGGCAGCCGCAAGUGGACUUGGAGGUGCGGCGGCGGCAGCUGGCCACUGCGGCGGCGGCGGCGCGGGAGCGGGUGCAGCAGGCCGGGCGGGCGCUGGAGGCGGCCAAGCGCGAGGCCGCCCGGCUGCGCGCUGCCAACGCGGCGCGGCGGGCUGCGGCGGAGCGGGCGGCGGGCGAGCUGGCGGCGCGGCGGGCGGAGCACCAGGCGCACCACCCCACCCUGCUGCGGUACCAGGCUCUGACGCACAGCCACGUGUGCGCCAUGCUGCUGGCGGAGCAGCGGUCCAAGCUGGCGGCGCUGCUGGACACCCUGCCGCUGAGGGUGGCGGCCAUACGGCACAACAUGCAGGGAGCAGGAGGAGGAGGAGGGGGAGCAGGAGGAGGGGGAGGGGGAGGAGGGGGCAGCAGCAAUAGCCUGGGGGCGCUGGGAGCGGGAGGAGGCGGAGGGGGAGGAGGAGGAGGAGGAGCGGCGGGCGGCAGUGGCGGCAGCGGCAGUGGCGGCGGCGGCGGCGCCUCGCCUAUCCAGGUGACGCUGUGUAACAUGAAGCUGCCGGACGCGGCCUCGGUGUGCGGCCUCAUGACACAGAGCCCGGACUCCACCUCCUCCUGCCUGGGCUACCUGCUGCUGCUGCUGGACCUGCUGGCCACCUACCUGGGCGGCCCGCUGCUGCACGAGGGAGCCUUCCAGGGCUCUACCACGGUGCUGUGGCAGCAGCAGUCGUUCUGGAACCGCCGCCCCUCCUCCUCCAACGCCCGCCUGCCGCUGUUCAUGGAGGAGGGAGGGCCGGGCGGCGGGCUGGGCGCGGCGGCGGCGGCGGCGGCGGCAGGGGGCGGAGGAGGCGGCGGGCUGAGCGGGGGCGGCGCGGCGGGGCCGGGGCUGGGCGGCAGGCCGCGUGCACCCGGCCUGCCGCCUCAACAAUUCGCACCCUCGCCCGCCGCCGCUGGCGGCGGCGGCGCCAGCGGCGCGCUGGCGGGCGCCCUCAGCGCCAUCAGCCGCGUCAUGUCUGGCGGCGCCGCCAGCGGCGCAGCCGCAGCCGCCGCCGCCUCUGGCGGUUACGGUUACGGUUAUAACCGCAGCCAGCACGAGGACGAGGCGUUGGCCCGGCAGCGGCACACGGACCUGCGGCUGGCGUACGACAUGCUGCUGAGGAGCCUGGGCUGCUUCGUGCGGGACAAGGUUCUGCCGCUGGGUCUGCAGCUGCCUCCAGGCUGGGGGCCGCUGGGCUGGCUGGCAGUGCUGUGUGCCACCGUACGGCGGGAGCCCGGCACCGACGCCGUACUCACGGCGGCGGCGGCGGCGCUGGCGGCGGCCGCGGCGGCGGGCGGCGGCGGCGGCGAUGUGCGCGGCGCGGCGGCUGGGCCGGGGGCUGGAGGGGGCGGCGGAGGCGGGUACUACGGGGGUGCGGGGGGACUGUACGGCGGGCCUGACACGGACACGCUCCUGGGGCGGCGGGGCGAUGACGGCGAGGACGGCGGCGGCGGCUCCGGCAGCGAGGGCGGCGAGGUGGAGGAGGACGGGUGGGACGUGGUGCAGGCGCCCUUCCUGCCGCCGCCCCCCUCGCAGCCUGAGGAGGUGGAGCACUGGACACGGGCCAUGUUCACAGACGCAUCCCGAGCCGGCGGCGGCGGUGGAGGCGGCGGCGGGGCAGGAGCCGGCGGAGUAGGAGGGCAAGGGCCGCUAGCAGCAGGCGUGGGCGGGGCAGGCGGCAGCGGCGGGCUGGGGGCGGGCGGCGGGGCAGGCGCGCUGGCGGCGGCUCUGGGUGGGAGUCUGGGCAGCUUGGGGAGUCUGCGGCGGCUGCAUGGUGGGGGCGGCGGCGGGGUUGCGGGGCCGGGUGUCGGCAUGGGUCCGCCCUCCAUGAGCCUGGAGCGUGUGCGGUCAAUUUUUGGGAAAUGAAUGGGAAUAAACAGAGGAAACGCACAGGGGACUGGCAGUCUGUGCAUGCCAGCGCAGGGCUGUUGGUUCGGGCGCCGCUUGACGCAUGCGGACCGUGUGUGCAUGUCGCACCCAUCUAUCUGAUGUGUCUAAUUAGCAUUCACGUGGGCUUGGAGAGCGCGUCGAUGGGCCAUGUCUUAAUACAUAGUGACUGAGCCGGCGCCUGAGCCUGUCCACCCUUCCUCCAUUGGCGACUGUGAGAACGGGGCGCGCCGCCACCGCUGGCUGUUGCGCAUCAGGAGUGCUGCUACACGUGGCUUGCUGAGAUGGCCACGUGGGCCCAUGCUGAGUCAACGUGAAGGCGCGUAUCGACGGUCCACCAGAGCUGGCGUCAUGUCUUGGUUGUGUGAUACGGUAGUAGCAGUAUGCUAAAGUGUGUUCAAGUAGUGUAUACCAAUGCUGAGCAAGAGGGCGAGCCGGCGAGGGUUGUGCGCUGCUGCUGCGCGUGUGUGUGUCGUGUCGCUUUCAGGCGGGAGUGGUGCAAUCAGGGGCUGGGCUGUGGUGUGUGGUGGUACGGACGGGCUACCUGAACUGGUCCGGACUCCGGAGGUUGUGGCCCAUGGACUGGGUAGGCAAACACACCCGGUACUGGCAGCCCCGUGUAAUGAGGCUUCAAA